CCCUCCAUCUUUUACUAUAAAAGGUAAUAUCAAAAGAAUCUUGAAAGUCUUUCAAGGAUUUAAUUAUCCAAAACGAUGCUAUAUUCUUUAACACAUGUUAUUUUACAAAUUAACCCAAAAUCUUUUAUACAAGAAAAUAAUUACAGGCUGACCAAAAAAAAAAACAGAAUGGAGACUAAAAAAAGAGAAAAAAAUAGGAUGUGGUGAAGUGAAGAUGGGUGUAGUGGAAAUCAUGUUGACCCCAACAGUAUCUCCUUCGACGUCACCUUUAUUCCUUCAACUCUCCUCUCCUCUCCUCUGCUCUCCCCCCAUUUUUCACCUUUUUCUUAUAUUUCCUCCAAAUAUCUCUCUGAGGUUCCCUCUUCCUCUCUGUUAUUCCAAUCGUUUUGCUGAUCGAUGGAUUCUUGGAGCUACGGGAGAAGCGUUUUCCUACCUAAUGGAACCAUUGCUGAGAACCAAAGCUCCAUGCCUGGAUUUGAGAUGGAGACUAGUGAUGGAUUCAUUACCAAAGUGGCUUCUUCGACCUUACCGUCUAAAAAGACUCGAGCUUCAAACUCGUGCUCGCAGAGUCCUCCCUUGUGUCAAGUCUACGGUUGCAAUAUGGAUCUCAGCUUUUCUAAAGAUUACCACAAAAGGCACAGAGUUUGCGAGGCUCAUUCAAAGAGUUCUGUCGUUAUAGUUAGCGGUGUUGAGCAGAGGUUUUGCCAACAGUGCAGCAGGUUUCAUUUCCUCUCGGAGUUUGAUGAUGGGAAGAGAAGUUGCAGAAGACGAUUAGCUGGUCACAACGAGCGAAGAAGAAAGCCUUCUUUCUAUUUCUUACCCGAGUCGUUUCCUGGUAGCUUCUUGUACGACCACCGUGCAAGUAGACUCGUGAGUUUCAGAGAUGAACCUAAGCCAGCGAUGGAAGCUUCUGGUGUAUCUUAUAUUUGGGACUUGCAAGAGGCGGUGCCACGCUCUACUUGUGCUCUCUCUCUUCUGUCAGCUCAGUCCCAACAACACUUGUCUGAAACUAAUCCAAACAAAAGCUUCUCAAUCACUCAACCAAGCCAAAACCUCAACCACUCUACAGGAGACUAUCAUCAGAUGCAGCCGUUGAGGAUCGAUCCUGGUAAGAAGACCAAAUCUGUUACUAGUUCUAGUUCAUGUAAUGGAAACGGAUCAUCCACGGUUGAUCUACUGCAACUGUCAUCACAUCUUCAGAGAAUCCAGCAACAACAGAGGACUUUCACUGAUGAUGUGAAGCAGGAAUAUAAUGAGCUUUAUUUCCCCUAGCUCCUAAUUAAAAUAAGGCAAAGCUAAGGCUGCUUGGUUUGGUUUGAUUAGUUUGGUGAUUUUACUGGAUUCGUGAGAUGGUUAGAUUAGGGGAAUGAAGAUCAAGUCUGGUUACAACUUACACAUGUUUUUUUUUUGUAACUGAUACUUGUUUAUUCUAUCUAUGCCUGCUUCCUUUGCAAGUCUUUUUUUUUCUUAUUUUUGAGACAAUUUGUAUAUAUAACGAUGUAAUGAAUAUACUUCAACAAAUAUCUGAUGUUUCAGUUUGGCCA